CAGGGGCGGACUGACCAUUUGGAAACUCGGGCACUGCCCGAGGGCCCGGGGUCAGUAGGGGGCCCCAUGAAAUGCCCCUGGAACCUUUUUCAUAGGCUUUUUUGAGUUUGGGCAAGGACAUAGGGGCCCCAUGAUCCCCUAUUGCCCGGGGGACCCCAUGAGUUGUCAGUCCGCCCCUGGUCCCAACACUGAACCUUGGGGUACACCACUGACAACCAGACCACAGAGUAUGAGGGCCCCAUGAGUUGU